AUGUCGUCAGCUGUAACCAGCCUUUUACUUCCCUGGGGAGGUGGGAAGUUCCUCUUCCGCUUAGUCAGGCACCCUGUCUCUGGGAUGAGCUCUGUACCAGAAUGGGUGCUGAUUUCCCUCAUAGGAGUCCUGAUAGUACUGCUGCUACUGACCUUGUUUGGCUUAGCUGUCUAUUCAGGGCUGCUCACAGAAGUGGAGGUUCGAGCAGGGCCCCCACCUAUCCGGGGUGUUGUGUUGGCCUACAAAUUUCGAGUGGGACCUUAUGAUGAAAGUGGCAACUUGUAUACAGAAAAUGUCAGCCUUGCUCCCAAGCUGGUGUCUAUUGGGGUUUACUAUGACAACCCCAUGAAGGUCCCUGUGGAAUUUUGCAGAUAUAUAGUGGGUAGUAUUCUCAGUGAAGGAGAUGAGAAGCCACUUCCGGAUCAUGUCAGAAUAUUCCGUAAACAUGGCUUCAAGUUCUGUGUUUUGCCAGAAGUGAAUCAUGCAGUAAUGGCUACCUUCCCAUAUACCACCCCUUUCUCAAUUCAGCUUGCAACUACUCGUGUACAUCCAGCACUGGAGAAGUAUGUAAAGGAGAGAAAGCUUUGUGCUCAUCCUUAUGUAGAAAUUUACAAAGGGGACAAGAUUAUCUUCAUGUGCCCACUCUCUCGCCAGGAUGAGUUCUACGUUCCAGAGAUGAAGGAGCUGCUUAGGAAAGAGAAAGGAGAAACAGGGCAGCCUGAGCUGGCAGCUUCUGAAAUGGAAUCUUUGUUGCCAGAGGAAAUCUUAAGCCUAGACUUGGUCUCUGAGAGCCCUGACGAAUUGGAAGGUGAAGACUCACAGAAGAAGGUGCACACAGACAGUGAGAGGAGUCCCAGUGAGUCCGGGGCUAGUGGUUCCUCUUUCGAAGAACUGGACUUGGACGGCAGUGGGGCAGCUGCAAAGGCACACAUGGACACUAGUAAAAAAUUGGGCAAGACAACAGAAUCAUUGGAAAAAGAGAGAGCAGAGGAGUAAGACAACAUGUGAAUCAGGCCCUUUUUCAUUUACUUCAUUACUUUACUUUCUAGCUGUUAUGUCUCUAGCAGUCCAUGUCAUACUGAUAUCUGUCCAUGUUACCUUUGUGCUUUCUUUAUAUAUUCUUUUCCUUUUCAUAGAGACAAUGUAAACUCUCAAAGAAGAUUCAUGUGUGUUGUUAGUUCAGAAUACUCAAAAGGAUACAGUGUAAUAAUUGUAAGUUAUAUUCCAAAAGAAAAUCAAUAUCCCACAAGAUACAGACCAAGGAAUAUGUGUUCUUAUGGCUAUAGAGACAUUUACUGUGUUAUGCACGCAGGGACCGAGUCCUAUAACCCUUGGCAAUCAAUUAGCUGUUUGCUUUCAACAUACAAACUGCACUCAGCCAGUCAAAGCUGACUCCUUAUUUGUUGCUAUGGUUUACUGAACUGGGGGAAACCCUGUCCAUGUUUGUGCAUAGCUUUGCAUGUGUUUCUUUACUGUGUUUCCUCAGCCUUUUCCAUGGUGCAUCUAAUACACUUGUGAUGUCUGUUACUGGUUGCACCAUGAUAGUCUGUGUGCUGGGUGCAACAGUGAAGCAAAUGUAAAGUUGAGGUGUAAUAAAUCUAUUUUAUCAACAAAGUAAACAAAAAAAUGCUUGCUUAAGAGACAUCAUUCAAAAUGUAAAAAUAUAUAAGAAUACAUAAAUGAAUGUUUGGGAAACAGCAUUAUUUAACAUCUGCCGCAGCUUUUCAGAAUUUUAUACAUUUUACAAUUCUCUCUUUUAUAUAUGUACAGGAGAUCCAUGCCCCACAGAGCUUAUAACCACUGAUCUUUAAUUAUCAAAAAUAUUGCAACUCUGGUAGCAUAAAAACUUGAGUCUUCUUUGUAACCCUUAAAUGUGUGUCUAAUAUUUAUAAAACGGGUGGUCAAUAAUGACAAUAUUGCCUAUUUAAAGUAGUGUUUACCCAAAUAUUUAUCUUUCAUGUGAGAUUGUUUUAACUUUUGCCGGAAAAUAUCAUUCUCUUAGUAUUAAUAAAUGAGCUUGGCAGCUUCCAUAAAACUUA